UCCUUGCCUGCGCUCGUGCUUCCUUGGCUUUGUGAAUUUACUGCGUUGCAUCGAGUCUCAGCACACCAAUCAGGUCGCAUUCCGUGUUCAGGACACCAUGACUGGAGGAGUCCAGGACGAAGGUACCGACGAGGAAUUUAAAUCACCUUUCAUUAGAGAAGAAGGAAAUAUUUACAAACCAAACAACAAAAAUAUGGAUAACGAUAGUGUGAACGAGAAGGCAUUGGAAGAUGUUCACACUAAAGAAAUCGACCUAGUCAACCGGGACCCUAAGCACUUAAAUGAAGACAUUGUAAAGGUGGACUUUGAGGAUGUCAUCGCUGAACCACCUGGCACCUACAGCUUCGAUGGUGUGUGGAAGGCCAGCUUCACCACCUUCACUGUGACCAAGUACUGGUUCUACCGGUUGCUGACGGGCCUGGUGGGCAUCCCGCUGGCCCUGGUAUGGGGCAUCUUCUUCGCCAUCCUCUCCUUCCUGCACAUCUGGGCAGUGGUGCCCUGCAUCAAGAGCUACCUGAUCGAGAUCCACUGCCUGAGCCGGGUGUACUCCAUCUGCAUCCACACCUUCUGCGACCCCUUCUUCGAGGCCAUGGGCAAGUGCUUCCAGGGUAUCCGCGUGCGCAUGACCAAGGAGGUGUAGGACCAAGCCGAGGAAGAGGAGGAGGAAGAGGGCAUGUGAAAGAUCAGGGGAGGGGUUGGAGGGGAGCUGGGGAUGGGGCAGACUACGGGGCCCAGGAAAAACACUGUCCCCCCAUCCAGAGCAAAUCAUGGGAUGCUUCUAUUUGCAGUGUAGGGAACAGGGGCUCAGAACAACAACAAAAAAUAAAAAGUUUCUUCCUCUUUUUGUACUUUGACCAUUCUUCUCCUCGCUGCAGGCCUGUGCCAGCCUUUUACAGCAGCCUGUGCUGACCACCGUGCCAGUGUGGUCAUGUGUGAAAGUGGUCUUGUUGUCUUUAUUUGUGCGCUCGCUCAUUCCAUUGUCCUGCAGUUUGUAGAAGGCCCCUCGCUGCUGUGGGCCGUGGUCAGCUGUCCGGAGCGUUUUGUUUGUUUGGCUCCUGUUGUCUGCAGAGCUGUAGUAUAUGUGUGCUGCCUGGGCCACUGAGUUUGGGGUUGGGGGGGGGGUGCUGUGGGGUUUAUUGUAAACUUUGUGUGAACGCUCUGUCAAAAUGGCCCACCUGCUGCAUAUCUGUGCCAUUCCAUUAUAAUCAGAUAGACACGCAACCGAGCCAGGUAUGGACUCAGUGUUUCCUCAUGUCGAGAAGACACCCCCGGUUUAUUACAACUUGCGUCCAAAUAAAAUGCUUUCAUUUUUCAGAGUAGAGGAGUGUGAACAUUUUCUUUUCUUUUUUAAUCCCGUGAAGUGUCAGCUAGGUUGCGUGACCACACCAAUAAUUUAAUUCAUACCGUGUGGACUGUCAGAGAUUACGUAAUCACUGUAAAGAUGAGUUAAAUAAUCAUGUUGCUGGAUUCUCCAGGGAUGAACUCUGGAUCUUGUCUAUUAAGCUUUAAACAUUUUGAUAUAGACAUGAGUGGGAUUCACUGUAUUUCAUAGCCAAUUUAAUCUUUAACACAUCUUUAUCUCUUGGCCUGUAGCUCACAGAUGGAUAAACACUGGUUAAAUUCUGGCUGCAAAGCAAACUAAAAUGAAGUACCCCCCACAUACACACACUGUUGGGACUCAAUUCAGUGGGGGUCGUUUUAUACUGACAUCUGUUGACUUUGGCAGUGGGGGGAGUGGCAGCAUUUUAUAACACUAACUCAUUUAACUUUGUUUACAUGCUAUUUCUGAAGAUGUUAUAUCACAAACAAUGCUUGGGGAUGGUUAUUCACUUUUAAUAGGUCAUAUUUUUUAUAUGUAAUGAGUUUCCUUUUGCUGCUUUCACUGUAUAACUGACAUCACGCUGAUGACAUUAAACUUUAUUUAAUCGGC